AUGGCGAUGAUUACACAGGCCGAUUCGGUGAGCCGCAAGGCUCCAAGCGCUCCCAUGGCGUUCCGUAGCUCACGCCGUCUCGUGCGAGCCGCCAUUUCCGCGCGUAUUACUAACCCGGAGACGGCUCUUCGAUCACACGCCAUUGCCACAGCAACCGUCGAUCUAACAGGCUGUGAUCGAACCGUAGAUUCGCCCUUUCUAUCUUCUCCACCGUCCGAUGCCGACACGCGCGAGUCGCGAGCGUGUCGCCUUCUCGAUGAGAUAACAUAUCCCAUCGCGCCGAACCGUACACGUGGCAUUGCGUCGCUAGCCAGACUCGCCGCUCCCUUAUUCCCCGCGCCACCGCUCCGCGUUCCCCCCGCCAACGCCACUCCGCUCAUUGUCCCACGCUCCCGUUCCAAUCCAGCAGCGGCCCUUCCGCCGGCCGCAGCGUCGGUAAUCCCAAGGCGGUGCCUGGCGCACUCUCACCGGCGAACGGACAAGCUACACAAGCAGCACAAGAAGCAAGGCAAACAUGAGGAGAGGGAACAUCUGGUGAAGGUGCAUGUGGAGGAGGCGAAGGAGGCGCUUAUCAAGGAGCUUGCUAAGAUACGGACAGGCCGUGCUGCACCCGGCCUCCUUGACCACGUGCAUGUGGAGGCGUACGGCCGCCCCUCACCAUUGUCACGCGUUGCCACAGUCACGGUCAAGGACCCCCAACUGCUCUCCGUCACACUCCACGAUGCGUCUCUGCUAGGAGCAGCCAUGAAGGGCCUGCAAGAAUCGCCCAUGGGGUUGAACCCCUCUCACACCUCGCACACUGUCAUCCUCGUGCCCAUCCCCAAGUUGACCAAGGAAGUGAGAGAGGCCAUGUUUAAGCUCGCUCAGAAGGCUGCGGAAUCUGCAAGAGUGAGCUUGCGGCGAGCAAGGAAGGAG